CACUAUUUCAAUGCUUUUGCUUCUUCUUGAAAUAAUCAAUACUCUCCUUUUUUUAAGUUCUCAUUUUAUGGGAAAGCAGGUAUGAGAUCCUGCAUCUUCCCAAGAGUACUGCACUCUGCACUUGCGUGUUCGAUCUUCUAUUUCACUACCAAAAUGCUAUGGAGACUUGACAAAUGACAAGUGGUCAAGUACACCUUUUAGAUAUGAUAUAACAGUCACAGAGACAGAACUGAGAAAACUGAAGAUUUGGUCAAGAUGCACAAGGGAAUGGACUGGCGUAUUCACUGCUCAAUCUACCCGUAUCCGUGUGUACUGCUUUAUAUAGAUACAGUACAUAUAAACUCAUUCAAACCACGCAACCAACAACUCAUUCUCUAAAAAUCCAUAUGGCCCCAGAAGGAAGGACGCACCGGAGUAGAGCAGGGCCCAACUGGGACCAUCACCGGCCGUCAAGGUGUAAACACUCACACUUCUUCAAGAUAAUACUCCCUUCCACCAUGCAGGACAUGAAACUGAGGCUUCCUGAAAAGUUUGUAAGGGAACAUGGGGAUAAACUUUCCGGUGUUGCUACACUUGCUGUCCCUAAUGGUUGCACUUGGCAAGUGAGGUUGGAGAAGGCUAACAACAAUAUUUGGUUUCAUGGCGGCUGGAGGGAUUUUGUCGAGUAUCAUUCUAUAAAUUAUGGGUACUUCCUAGUCUUCAAAUACAAAGGGAACUCAAAAUUCAAUGUUCUUGUGUUUGAUAUGACUACUUCCGAGAUUAAGUAUCCAUCUAAUGGGGAUAAGAAAAGGCAGGGUAGUUUGAAUGAAAAUGAAAUGUCUACUCCACAAGAGUUGUGUGUAAAAGAGGAAGUAGGUACUGAAUUGAUCGUUAUAGAAAACCUUCCCAUGUCUUCAACAAGAGGAUCUGUGUUAUCUGGAGGAGGAGAAAGGGCAUUGCAAGCAGCCAGAAUGUUCAAGCCACAAAAUCCUUCUUUCAUCCGUGUCAUUCCGGCAUAUAGUUUAAAACGCAAUUUUGUGUAUGUCUGUCCUGCAUUUGCAAAAAAGUAUGCUUGUGGGAAAAAAAAUGUCAUGCUUCAGGCUUCUAGUGGAAAAUGGUGGCCUUGCCAGUUUAGUUUCAAAAAUGGUACAACUUCACCUAGGACAAUCGGCAAGGGAUGGAAACCAUUUGCUAGAGACAAUGGUAUAAAGGAAGGGGAUGUAUGUGUCUUUGAGUUGAUCAACAGGAUGGAAGUUGUGCUGAAAGUUUCAAUAUUUCGCGUAACUGAGUUUGCAUGACAAGUAAACCAACCUUCAGACUUGGACAACUUGCCUAAACUUGUGAUUGGUGAUUUUGACGUGAAACUAAACAUGGUACCUAUUUUCUUUUUGGGAUUUUGAUUACUAGAAGGACCAUGUAUCUUAACGCCAAGACCUUUUGGUAAGUUUUG